AUGGCAGCACAAGAUUAUAAAAUCAAAGACAUUAAACUUGCAGAUUGGGGAAGAAAAGAACUUACUCUUGCAGAAUAUGAAAUGCCAGGUUUAAUGGCUGUUAGAGAAAAGUAUGGUAAAGAACAUGCUCUUGAAGGAGCUAGAAUUACUGGAUCACUUCAUAUGACUAUUCAAACAGGUGUUUUAAUUGAAACACUUAAAGCACUUGGAGCAAAUCUUAGAUGGGCAUCAUGUAAUAUUUUCUCAACACAAGAUCAUGCAGCUGCUGCUAUUGUUCAAGCUGGUGUUCCUGUAUUUGCAUGGAAAGGAGAAACAGUUCAAGAAUAUUGGGAAUGUACUCUUAAAGCACUUAAAUUUGGGGAAAAUCAAGGACCACAAAUUAUUGUUGAUGAUGGAGGAGAUGCUACACUUAUGAUUCAUACAGGAUAUCAUGCAGAAGAACAUCCAGAAAUUCUUGAUGUUAAAGGAACAGAAGAAGUAAAUGCACUUCAUAAUGUUUUAAAGAAACAACUUAAAGAAAAUCCACAUUUUUGGCAUAAUAUUUUACCAGAAAUUAGAGGAUGUUCUGAAGAAACUACUACAGGUGUAUUAAGAUUAAAACAAAUGGUUAAAGAAAAGAAACUUCUUUUCCCAGCUGUUAAUGUAAAUGAUUCAGUUACUAAAUCUAAAUUUGAUAAUAUUUAUGGAUGUAGACAUUCAUUAAUUGAUGGUAUUAAUCGUGCUACUGAUGUUAUGAUUGGAGGUAAAGUUGCAUGUGUUUGUGGAUAUGGUGAUGUUGGAAAAGGAUGUGCUGAAUCUCUUAGAGGACAAGGAGCACGUGUUGUUGUUACUGAAAUUGAUCCAAUUUGUGCACUUCAAGCAUCAAUGAAUGGAUAUGAAGUUACAACUAUUGAAAAUGUUCUUGAUAGAGCUGAAAUAUAUGUUACAACUACUGGUAAUACUAAAGUUAUUCUUGCAGAACAUAUGGCACAUAUGAGAAAUAAUUCUAUUGUUUGUAAUAUUGGACAUUUUGAUAAUGAAAUUGAUGUUGCUGGUAUUGAAAGUUAUCCUGGUAUUAUUCGUGAAAAUAUUAAACCACAAGUUGAUAAAUUUACAUUCCCAGAUGGACAUUCUAUCCUCCUUCUUGCUGAAGGAAGACUUGUUAAUCUUGGAUGUGCUACUGGUCAUCCAAGUUUUGUUAUGUCAAAUUCUUUCUCUAAUCAAACUCUUGCUCAAAUUAAAUUAUGGAGAGAAAAACUUCCAAUUGAUUGUAUUACUCUUCCAAAAGAACUUGAUGAAGAAGUUGCUAGAUUACAUCUUGCUAAACUUGGUGUUAAAUUAACUACACUUACUGAAGAACAAGCUAAUUAUAUUGGUGUUCCAGUAAAUGGACCAUACAAGAGUGAUACUUAUCGUUACUAA